UGCUGCCCAGCCCCCUGCUGCACGCCAGCCUCCUGCCUGACCCUGCUCUGCCGCCCAGUCUGCUCUGUGCCCGCCACCUGCCAGCCAGCCUGUGAACCCAGCCCCUGCCAGUCUGUCUGCACCUUCUGCUGCUCGCCAUCAGGCUGCCAGCAGUCCAGCUGCCAGGCCCCUAGCUGCGCUGCCUCUCCCUGCUCAGUGCAGUCCUGCUGCUGCAGCCCUCUGUGCUGCAAGCCCAGCUGCUGCAUCGCACUGCCUGCGUGCUGCAAGCCCAGCUGCUGUGUGACCACAGCCUGUUGUCCAGCCUCCUCCUGCUGCCAGGCCAGCUGCUGCCGCCCCGACUCCUGUGUGUCUCUCAUCUGCAGGCCCGUAUGCAGUCCAGCUGCCUGCUGUGUGCCUCUCUCUUGCAAACCCACUUAUUGCAAGUCUUCAUCUUCUUCAUCCUCCUCAUCCUCAUCCUCAUCUUCCUCAUCCUCUCACUGCUGCUGCUGUGCCCCCUCCUCCUGUCCAGCCACCAUCUUGUGCCACCCUGCCACCUGUGUGUCCCUCAUCUGCAGGCCCGUGUGCAGCCCAGCUGCCUGCUGUGUGCCUCUCUCCUGCAGACCCUCCUGCUGCACCACCACGUCCUCCUCCUCUUCCUGCUGCGCCCCUUCCUGUUGUCCAGCCACCACCUGCUGCCGCCCUAUCUCCUCUGUCCCCCUCAUCUGCCAGCCCACCUGCUGCAAACCCUCCUGCUGCACUGCUACUUGUGGUCAAAAAUCCUCCUGUUGAGCACAGGGCACUUGUUCCUCUCACCCCCUUCCCAACUUCUGUCAGCCUCCUGCCUCCAGCCUCAACCAUCAGCCUGAACACCUGGCCAGCAACAACCCCAGAGGCAUUCAGUUUACUAAGGUGCUCCUGAGCACCUCAACCACUCCAGGUGCAGCCAGGGCCUCCCACGCAUCUCCUCCUAUGGCUGACCCCCACCAUGGCUUCUGCUUCCACAUGCACCUAGCUCAGCGUGCAUCAUCCCAUGGCU